GUAAUUUUAUUACAUUUACAGCAGCACAACUACGCAAAAAUUCUUGUGCUCUUUAUUUUCUUAGUGCAACUAUAUUUGAUUUUUUAUCAAUUGCAUUUGGAGUUACUACACGAUUUGCUAAUGAUGAUUUUGGCAGCAAUCUACAAAAUACAAAUCGAGCUUAUUGCAAACUUCGUUCUUACUUAACUACUGUAAUUCCAUUAGCGUCUAUGUAUUUAGUUUUAUUAUCAUCUAUUGAUCGAUAUAUGUCAUCCUAA